CACUGCAUUGAAAAAGAUGCUCCUUCCCUCGGGAAACAACUGGGAAGUGUAUGUAACCUGUACUGUUAACACAACGCAAGUGUACGUCCGACUGCUGAAUACUUCUGAUGAGUACCAUGCACUCAUUGAAGAGAUGGGCAAGUUCUAUACUAAAUACCCGCAGCCCGUCUAUGAACCUGAAGUAUUGGGGUUGUAUGUCGCAAAUAUUCAAGGCAAAUGGAUGAGAGUGCAAGUGCUUCAAGUACGAGAUGAAAUGAUUGAAAUCUUUUUGGUUGACCAUGGUGCUAUGGACAGCAUUCCUCGGAGUCUUGCUCUGCAUAAGAUGGAUUCUAAGUUCUUCCGUUUUCCUUUUCAGGUGGUGCGCUGCCGCCUUGCCGAUUUGGAGGAUCUCGAGGAUGACAAGGAGGUGAACGAACUGGUGCAUAAACUUCUGUAUGGCAGGUCACUCGUUGCCAUAGUUAAAGACAGGAUGCCUGAUGUCACUGUCAUGUUCUACGAUAAAGCUACUGGGGAUGUCAGUCUCAAUGCCCUGUUGGUGAAAAGUCUUCCGGCCAUGAGACUGCCAGAACUUGAGCAAAUGACAUCUGUGCGGCUCAGUUACAUCGACCAGGAAGGGAACCUCUAUGUCCAGCUGCAGGGGCCCAGAAUGAAAUACGUGACUCGUCGCAUGGAAACUAUUGGCAACUGCAUAAGGAACGAUAAGCACCUGCCUGCAGAAAUGCUUCGGAAAUCAAAGCUGUAUGCCUGCAGGAAGGGAGCCUCGGCCACAUUCUAUCGGGCCCUUCUCGUCUCUGGCGUGCGAACGGUGGAUGACAAAGUGCUCGUGAGACUUGUUGAUACUGGUGAGGAGACAUUGGUGUAUGCUGCAUACCUUUUUGAGCUGGUGGUCUUUGGGGAGACCAUCAUGAGCUUCCCACACCAGGCUAUCCUCUGCCGCCUAGCAGACGUCACACCUGAUUUUUGGACACCGAAGACAAUAUCUUUUCUGAAAGAAAUUGUUCCUCUGGGCCUUGAUGUGCUGCUGAAGGUUGUCACGCCAGGAAUGAACGGCUCAGAGCCCUUGGUGUCCAUAUUUAAACGCGUCGGGUCAAGCAAUGAACUGAUCUCCAUCAAUGCUACAUUGACAUUGUCUUCUGAGUUUUCAAGACCACCAGAAAAAAAGACCAGGCGACCAUUUCAAUGGCCUCCAAUCUCGAGAACUGCUCUCCAGAAAGCAGCGGAAGCAAAAUCAGCCGAGAAGAAGGAACUUCUCACGAAGACUUUUAAUGUGGAGAACACUCAGCAGCAAUCGACCGAGGCGGUUACUAAUGGUGCUGCUGGAGACACCUUCAUGACAUCACUAGUUAAGGCAUUGACGAUGACAUGUGGGCCAAAAGGCGAUGGCCCAGAUGUUGCUGGCACUGCCUCGCAGUUGUCUGAUCCAAAGGAAGACCUGAUGGUGCCACCCAUGCUGGAUGAGGAAAGCUUCAAGGCCAAGCCCCUUCCAGUGCUUCAGUUCCGCACCCCUGUGUUUUUCCUGGAUGUCAAAGUUACGGACGCUGCCAAUCCGCAGAGCUUCACGUUUCAGUUGGUGGACAAGAGGGCAGAGCUGGAGGCCCUGAUGUCAGAAAUGCAAAGUUAUUAUGCUGCAGAGGGUUCCAGUACCUUCCCUAGGGGCCUGCCUGAGGCGCUGCUCCGCAAGGGCCACUACUAUGCUGGUUAUCAUUCGGACAAGAUUUGGUACCGCGUGCUAGUGCAAAAGGUGCAGGGACCGCUUAUGGCAAGCGUGUACUUUGUGGACUAUGGGCUCUACGGCAUGAUGCUACCAUCAGAGCUGCAGCCACUGUGGCAGCGUUUCAGACGCCUGCCAGUGCAGGCCAUUCACGCAUCCCUCGCAGGUGUGGAGCCCUUGCAUGAAGAGUGGACUCCAAAGGAGUGCAUCACCUUCCGUGAGAUAGUAAAUGGCAAGAUCUUUCUGGCACGCGUUCGGGGCAAGAGGCCAGACACCACGACAGGUGUUCAUGAUGCCGAGCACCUUGUCAUGAAUCUCGUCGACACUGCCCCUGAAGGCGACAUUUUGGUCGAAGAAGUGUUUGCGGAGCGUUGUGCCUUACUUUGAACGUUGGCUGUUGUGCCUUACUUUGUUUCCCUUUUGCACAAUUUUUUUUUAUGUCAUUGACCCUUUGACAUUUUUUUUUAAUUCUCCUUUCUGAACCGGUGUCGUUGUCCAUGUGACAAUUUUUUUUUAUUCUCCUUUCUGUACCGGUAAAAAGUGACAAAGAGUGUGUGUGCCCAUAUUCUUUUGUUGUGUGUUUUUACUACUAUCUCAUUACUGCUUGCGAGUUGCAGGGACAUUGGGAGUUGCAGACAUAGUAUCUUUCUAAAUCAUCGGGGUGUGUCUGAUACAACGAGCAUUUUACUACCUCAACUCAUCCACUAAGCCCUUUGGUUUCAUUCACCGAUAGCAUCAUGGCAUCCACUUGCAGGCUGUCAAAUAGAUGACUCAGUGAACUCAUUCCCACCGCAUUUGCAAGAGUGAUUUAAAUAGUUGGUAGACAUCAGAUGCUCUGCUCAAAGACGUGUGUGCAAUUUACAUUUCCGGUGAUUUUUGCCUAUGUGGCAUUGGAAGUGGAUGCAAUGCUAAGUGGCGCACUCUGCUCUUCUAAAUGUCUCGCCAUGUUUGUAAAGGGUAGUUUUUUGUGUGGCCUUGCUAGGCAGUUGUUAGUAUGCUGUUUUCUUUAAUAAACUCUUUUAUGCCUUCA